GUACGCUUCGGCUCGGGCCAGUGACAAAAAGGCUUAAGAGCAUCCCGUCUGGCUGUGGCUGCCUGAACCUGAAUCAUCCUUAGUUGGCUGACAAUCUGCACCUAUUUCUGAAAUUUGGCCCCUGGACCGCAUCAAAUUGACACUCUAAACAUUGUCUUCGUUACGUCUGUCUCACAAUGGGAUCAAUGCCAGGCUUCAGUGUUCAGCCUUUUAAGAAUGGUUUGAAAUUCGGCGCAGAGAUCCACGGGCUUGACAUCAAUAACAUGACGGGCAAGUUGAAGUUUUCUGCUGCCAAUAGAAUGUCAGAUUCUCAUGAUCAACUAGACGCCGAUGUCGAGAAUUUACGUGAGACAAUCCAGAAGUACUUUGUUGUCGUCGUCAAAAACCAGCAGAAUGAGCUCCCGAGCAAGAACUGGGAGCUCUUGCAAAAGCUUGAUCCUGGGGCGCCUGAAUUCACGGACGAGGAGUGGGCCAAGUUCUACAACCCAGAGGGCAAAGGAAUUCUGGCCAAGCUAGGCUACAAUGCGAUCCCCAAUGCUGGGCGUCUCUACCUCAUGGGCAAAGGAUACCAGGGCAAGGAUCACUAUGGGCUGAAAAACGUUGAAAUCAACGAAGCGUUUGCGGAUGCCUACUAUUCCAAGCCUCUGCCCCUGGAGGAUUUCAAGAAAGGUGUUGCGCGCUUCCAGUCCUGGCACAUGGACGGCCCGCAAUAUAACAUCAACCCCCCCAAGUUCAGCUCCUUUCGCAGCAUUCGAGUGCCCCAAGGGGAGCAAACUGUCGAAUGGGCUGAUGGCUCUGGCAUGACCAUGAAGAUCAAGCCUGGACGCACUGCCUUCAUUAGCACAGCUCAGAUGUACGACGUGCUCAGCGAAGACGAGAAGAGGAUGGCCGACCACAGCUGGUGCGAGUACAUGUACUACCCGUACGAGUGGAUUCUGGGCUGCCGUGGGAAUCCCAACGGGCUCAACGUUGCUUGCGAAGGCAGAGAGGUGCCGGAGGAAGUUAUGGAGUCUAUGCCCAGAGAUCCUAAACAUCAGCAAAUUCUUCCAAUGGUAUGGGUGAACGAAGUUACCGGCGGGAAACAUUUCCAGGUGCAGCCGAAUAUUGUGCGCCGGCUCUUCAUCCGUAGCGGACCCGACGAGAAACCCAGAGUCAUUGAUGAUAUCAAGGAGGUGCGAGACUUCCUCACGAACAUCCAGGGUCGGAUUCUUCGGCCGGAAAACGUCUACGUCGGCCCUGAAGACGAAGGAGACCAUCUCUUUUGGUACAACUGGGGUGUGAUGCACUCCAAGAUUGAUUAUCCCGUCGAAUAUGGAGUCAGAACGGCUCACCAAGGUUGGCUUCCCGGGAGUAAGGCGCCCAAAGGCCCAGUGCCUAUCCCGGGACACUAAUGAACGAUCAAAGGAAGUGUUUGCGGACUGAACCCUUAACUCCAGGUUUAACACCCAAUAGAAUAACUCGCAGUCUGUACCUCUAUUUAACUUGUUGACUUUGUGCUUCACAUCCAAACGGAUAAUUUCUGCAGCUAAAGUGCUAGGAAAUGAAAUGGGGAAAAGAUGAAAAGGAAGAUACCAAACUGUCUCC